AUGUUACUUCCAAGUGGUGGCAGUAAAUACAGUCUUGCUUCUCAGUACUCCUACAUGAAUGUGGAUGUGUGUCUGGUUGGCUUUAGUAAAUGUAUGUGUCUUAUUUUUACUUGUCCAGAUGUUUCAAGGGGAAAUAAGCUCAAACUGAUGCUUCAGAAACGCGAAGCCCCUGUUGCCAUGAAGCCCGAGGUGUCAGUGAAAGAAGCGGCGGCCAAGGAGUUCCUAAGCAGCCUGAGACGCCAGAGGCGCCAGCUGUGGGACAGAAGCCAGCCCGACGUACAGCAGUGGUACCAGCAGUUCCUGUACCUGGGAUUCGAUGAGGCGAAAUUUGAAGAUGACAUCUCCUACUGGACAAGCUUAGGGCGUGCUCGUAAUGAAUACUAUGGUGGAUACUACCAACACCACUACGAUGAAGAGUCACCAAUUGGCCCGCGAAAUCCACACACCUUCAGGCACGGAGCAGGGGUCAACUAUGAUGAUUACUAAUGCUGUUUAUCCUGCUAUAGCUGGUGCCUAUAGGGCUGCACUGGGCGAGGCCGCGUCCUCCCUCAGUCAGAAUGACCCCGCUUUCCUCCUAGCCAUGUCAAACAGCAAGAGUAAAGGAACUGCCAGACUUCGAAGGAAGCAACAUGACUUUUUUUUAAUUAUCGUUACUUAGUAGUACACUAUAUAUAAAGUGUUGUAGAGAUAAAGCUUUUUUGAUAAAAUAAACAGGUUGCCAUCAUUUAGUAGA